AUUGCCUUGAUGGUGAUGGACGACUGCGCAUAGACUGAACCAGAUCAUUUGUUUGAAUAAUCUUUGCAAGUCUUUGAUUCUGUGUCGGUUGUUUCCCAGAUCCAGGUUCAGACAAAAAAGCAUCACAUCUCAUCUGCGACGGCAUAGUCGAUUGACAUCUUCAGUUCUUCGACCCUCUCGUGCAUUAUCUAUUCUUCUUCUGCGAUUUUUUCUGUUUAUUUGUGCAAGGUACUCCACAGCAACGUGGCCGGCAUGCGAUAUCCGCUGUCAUCGCACUUCGCUCCCUCAAAACUCCUGUUCUACUGCCUCUUCUGGGGCCUUCAUAUUCUCCUCUUCGCCCUUGGAUGGUAUUUCCAAGCUAGCGAUGCCGAGCUGGCUGCCUUGAAUGAGCACCUCUCCUUCUCCGUCUGGAUCUCCAGGGGUUCCGCUCUCACCCUCACCGUGGACGCGUUCCUCAUCCUCCUGCCCAUGUGCAGGAACGUGCUAAGAUUUGUCAGGCCCAGGGCUAAAUGGCUCCCGCUUGAUGAAGCCGUCUGGUUUCACCGUCAAGUGGCGUAUGCCAUGCUGCUUUUCAGCAUUAUUCACACCGCUGGUCAUUAUGUCAAUUUCUACAACGUCGAGAGGGAAAAGAUCCGGCCAGGAAGGGCAGUCCAGAUUCACUAUACCCAGGCAGGGGGAAUCACCGGUCACAUCAUGCUUCUCUGCAUGCUACUAAUGUAUACGACUUCUCAUCACCGCAUCCGUCAACAGUCCUUCGAGGCGUUCUGGUACACGCAUCAUCUCUUUAUUCCAUUCUUCCUAAGCUUAUACACACACGCCACUGGGUGCUUCGUGCGGGAUUCAACACAACCGGUAUCGCCCCUUGCCGGAAAGGCCUUCUGGAACCACUGUCAUGGGUGGGAGGGCUGGAGGUGGGAGCUCAUUUCUGGCGGUCUCUACCUCUUCGAAAGACUGUAUCGUGAAAUCCGAGCUAGGCGUGAGACGGAGAUUAUCAAAGUCAUCCGCCAUCCACAUGACGCGAUGGAGAUCCAGUUUCUCAAACCAAGCAUGAAAUAUAAACCGGGCCAGUGGCUCUUUAUCCAAGUCCCCGAAGUCUCCAGUACCCAAUGGCACCCCUUCACAAUCACUUCCUGCCCCUUUGACCCGUACAUCAGCAUCCAUGUGAAACAGAUUGGCGACUUCACUCGUGCCCUCGGUAAUGCGCUAGGUUGCGGUCCUGCGCAGGCGAAAGACCUUGAUGGCCUCGACCCCAUGGGAAUGUACGAGAUCGCCCUCCAAAACGGGCAGACAAUGCCCAAAAUCCGCAUCGACGGCCCCUACGGCGCACCAGCCGAAGACGUCUUCGGCAAUGAGAUCGCCGUCCUCAUCGGCACCGGAAUCGGCAUCACCCCCUGGGCCUCGAUCUUGAAGAAUAUCUGGCACCUGCGCCGCAGACCCGACCGGCCCCAGCGCCUCCGCAGAGUCGAAUUCAUCUGGGUCUGCAGAAACACGAAAAACUUCGAAUGGUUCCACGACCUCCUUUCCUCGCUGGAAGCCCAGUCGGCCUCCGACGCCUUGUUCCAGGAUGGUGUCGAAUUCCUGCGCAUCCACAUGUACCUCACGCAACACAUGGACCAAGACAUGGCAGCGAACAUCUACCUCAAUACCGUGGGGCAGGAUCUCGAUCCGCUCACGGAGCUGAAGAGUAGAACCAAUUUCGGUCGUCCGAACUGGACGCGUCUCUUUACCAAUAUGCGGAAUGGACUCCUUGAUCAGUCUUACAUGCCUGAAGCCGGUCUGGAGAGAGUCGCGACCAAGGAGGUAGGCGUCUACUUCUGUGGUCCGAAUGCUGUGGCUAGACAGAUCCGGGAUGCGGCUAAGGGCGCUUCGACUGACAACGUCAAGUUUAAAUUCUGGAAAGAGCAUUUUUAGCUGUUUGGACGCGGGCAUUGUACGUAUGUAUACCGGCCGUUUAUACUGGAGUAUAUGUAUAUAUGGACAGGUGUCGGUUACUUUUCAUUAAUGGCUUUCUUCCUUCACAUUAUCAUUCAGUUUUCUUUUUUCUGCUACAAGACACAAUUCUAUUC